CACUUUCCAACAACACCGCUUGAAACAACUUCUUCCUUGCGAGCUCUCCCUCACCGUCCGCAACACCGAAACCCACCUCUCUCACAAUCUCCACAAUGGACCACCGCCGUCCCAUCCGGCCACCCCCAGGCCACCCCGUCGGCGCCCCCCGGCGCCCCCUCUUCACCACCACCUCAACCACCUCCUCCCAACCCUCGCGCGCCAACUCCCGCACCACCGCAGCCUCCAAGCCCACCACUGUCCACAUCUCGCCCGACGACCCCAACAACCCCGACGACGACCUCGUCGAGCGCGACGCCACCGGCAGCUACAAGAUAAUGGCGCCGUCGGCCGCUAUGAAAGCGGGUGUCGCGCCGCCCAUCAGCGCCGAGCAGGAGGAGAAAGACCAGGAGGACCAGAUCAUUGCGCUGUAUGGGAAGAGCAGCUGUCAUUGGGACCAGGCUGCGGUCCUCGAUGAGAUCAGAGCGGCCUUGAAGUCGAGCUUGGAGAGGAAGGUGGCAAGUCUGGAGGCCGAUCGCUGGAUGUUUGAGGGCGAGAAUGGGAAGGGACUGAGAUAAGGCGAUGAAGGCAUCGGGUGGAUCGAGGAAGUGUUUUUCUGGAGGCUGUCCAGCGGCUGGUUGAUCUACGGACAUCGCCCGCUGCCAGCCAGGCGUUACGAUCGGAUGAUACCCCUCUUGGCUUUGACAUGGACUCAAUUCUGUUUAUAGGAUGACAAUGGCGAUGACAUGGCU